GGAGCAAAAAAAGAUCAAGACUUCCGUAGGAGUUCAGAUAUUGGGUCACACGUCUUCUGAUGUUAACGCGUGUACUUGGCGCACACCCUUCAUCAGAGGCAGUGACACAAUAUGUUUUGAGGGAAAGCUUGAGUGGACAGACGACGCGCAUCCUCUUCCAACUCGAUCUGCAGACAGACAAAGCCAAGCUUAUCUCUGGAGAGAGAGAAAAGGUACGGCAGUUGCGGUCAGGGAACACGUAGCCUCUCCUCGGAAAUGCGCUUUCCGUAUCAAGAGCAGACGGACGCCAAACGGGGAUGGCUCUUUCAAUAAACUACUUAAUGCCAAGAAUGGAUUUGUGGAAUUUAUGAUAUUCACCAGAACUGUUGCCAGUGGUAUUUCUUUUGAGAGUACAGAAAUUAUUUUCCGCUGGAGAGAAAAAUGGACCCAUCUCCCAGCAAGCAGCUGCAUGGCUCGAAAAAAAGAGUCAAGAUCCAUCCGAACACAGUCACGGUGAAGUAUGCCACCCACUUCCCCCAGCCAGGGGACGAGGGCUACGAUGAUGCACCCUCUUUUGAGGACUUUGGCUCUUUCAUUGAAGAGACCUCAGACAAGAAACGCCUCACUGAGAGCAAGCAAGGCAGGACUUUAUUUGGUGCCAUAGGUGGGCCCCCCAAACCUGCCCCAGAGCAGAAGGACAAAGGGGUGGGAGGACAACUGGCGAGUUUCGGGGAGGCGUCCGUUUUCGCCUCGCGGAUGACCUGGGCUGUUCUUUUUGGAGCAGCUCUAGCCCACGGCUGCGUGGCCCUCAUCACGCGCCUAGCUGCCGACCGCUCCAAAGUGCCAUCGCUGGAACUUCUCUUCAUACGCUCCGUCAUCCAAGUGCUGUCCCUCGGCGUGGUCUUGUACUACAAGGAGGCUCCCUUUGGGCCUGAAGGCUACAGGCUGCGACUGUUCUUCUACGGCGUCUGCAACGUCAUCUCCAUCACAUGUGCGUACACCUCCUUCGCCAUCGUACCGCCCAGCAACGGCACCAUGAUGUGGCGCGCCACCACCACGGUCUUCAGCGCCGUGCUGGCCUUCCUGUUGAUCGACGAGCGACUGGGCACGACAGACGUGGUGACCGUGGUGACCAGCGUGUUCGGCCUGUGCCUGGUCAUGAUCCCCAACAUUCUCGGCGAACACAUGUCCCUUGGCUUCUGGAAGGAGGCCUUUGGUUACACCAUGACGGUGAUGGCCGGCCUGACCGCCGCCUUGUCCAUGAUCAUUUACCGCUCCAUCAAAGAGCGGGUGAGCAUGUGGACGGCACUCUUCACGUUCGGCUGGACGGGCACCGUGUGGGGCGCCUCCACCAUGUUCGUCCUCCAAGAGCCCAUCAUCCCACUGGACGGGGAGACGUGGGGGUACCUCAUUGGCAUCUGCGCCUGCUCCACGGUGGCGUUCCUGGGGGUCUACUACGCCCUGAACAAGUUCCACCCGGCACUGGUCAGCACCGUGCAGCACCUGGAGAUCGUGGUGGCCAUGCUCCUGCAGCUCAUCGUGCUGCACAUGGUCCCCUCCGUUUACGAUGUCAUCGGGGGACUCGUCAUCAUCAUCAGUGUCAUCGUGCUCACAGGGGUGAAGCUAUAUUGGGUCGGAAAGAGCAGACGUCAAGAGUACGAGGAGAUCCUUGACUCACCUAUUAAAUGAGAAGGGGUCUGUCUUUGAGCAGUGUGCUAAGCUACUGAUCUGUGAUUGCACAGUAUCUUGAAUGUGAAGAGCAAAAGACCUAUUUAUUUUGUAUUGUGCUGUUAAAACAAGUGCCAAUCAUGUGAUGAUUUCAUUUUGCUAAAUGUACUUCAUAAAAGAGAAGGUGACUCUUACUGUCAUCUUUCUAAAGCACCACACUCAUACCUCUUCAGUCAACCAAAUGUUUAAAUUAUAUAUAUAACAUACAUUUGAUGUUUGCAUAGCACAAUCUUUAACAGUAGGGGGGAGUGGGAUAACAUGAGCAGGAUUACGUACAAAUGAUCAACGUUCGAACAGAAAUAUAGCAUUCCUUGUAAAUAAAUCGAAAUACAAAGAAUACAUUCUUUUUUCCAAUGAUAGGGUCCAAAUUAUAUCUUACUGAUGGCAUAUCUGUUAUUUAAACUCCCCACAUGUCAAUGCUUCAGAAGUUUAUGAAUACAGUGGUCUAAUGGAUUACAGUGUCGAAUGACCAAGCUUGUGAAUGAAACAAUGGAUGGUUCAGUUUAUGUACUGACUCAAUACAUCCCACUCCUCUUUAUGAUCAGAUAUGCCAUUACUCCUACAUAUCUUUCCAAAAAAGUACAGACAUAAUCAUCCUUUGACUUUGUUCAGAACAGUUUUGCUACAGCAUGAACAUCACUGCCAGUAUUAAAACCGGAAGGAGAGGAACCUAUAAGUGUCUUUUUAGUACAACUGAGAACACAUUAGGCUGAGUUUGAUGUGAGGUAGCAUUGGGCCAGUUAGCUAACAAUCCAAAUGCGACCUGCAUGGAUUUAACCAAUUGCACCAUGAGAAAUGACCUGAGAAGUAAGGAAUAAGACUGGAAUAGGUGCUGUGAUAUCAUAUGAGACACCAUAAAUGAUGGCUAGUGACUGUCCAGCAUACUGUUUUUUAAUGUUGUGAGUCCCUCUUGGUUUACAGCUUUACAGCUCAAGUUAAUCUAAACAAUUAAUGGCACUAUUCUUUGACCCUAAGGAUACUGCAAUCGCCAAAAUAUGUUUUAAUUCAAUUCUAAUUGUCUCAACGACUACCACAAAACGGAUUUCAUAGUUUGACUGAAGUGUAAAUAGAGUGCAAGCCUUGUUUCUGCUGUUAACGUUGGCAUUAACGUUUCUGCAUGUGAUAAUUUACUGUGUAGUGUGAUAUCUGUUUUGGUGUAAGUACAGUAAAGUCCAUGAAACCUUAAAGAAUAGAGAGGAAAAGAGGUAAUUAUCAAGUAAAAGAUGACAAGAUGCAAAUUAAACAAGUCUUCAGUGUUUCAGUUUUUGCUGCCUUUAAAGUAUUUAUGAUAAAUUCUUUUUCACUUUA